AUGGUUCACGAGUCUACACCAGGUCCGGACACAGGCUUCUUUUCCACAAGCGAGAUUCCGGCGGGAAAGUCUUCAGGGAACGAUCAAAAGUUCUCCCGAACUGUUGGCUUGUCCAAAGGGCAAUAUGUAUCAGGUCCUGUUGUUYGCACCGGUCUGAACGCUAUCAAUGUCGGCGCUGUUCCGGGCGAUAACAUCCGCCUAUCUGCGUCGAUUGAAAAUGUGACGUCGACUUCACUCGACAUUGCCGUCGAAACAUGGAGCAGUUCCACUAUACAUGAAGCCACUUCGACCUGGAUCGAGCACAAUGCAGAUACAAAAGACGUUCUUACAGGGUGCUGGCAUGCUGAAAUGGGCAGUAAUGGCUAUCCGGUGUUCGCCAGCAACCGCAUAUCUUUCAGCACACUUUUCGACGAGCCGCCGGUGAUUGUUUUGUGGCUCAAUUAUCUGGAUUUGAGGAGUAACUCCCAACAAUGGAGGAUCCAUACCUACCCUACAGACGUCGCCCGCGAUGCUUUCACUGUCAAUGUGGAGGCUUGGAGUGGCAGCCAAGUCUACAAAGCUGGCGUCACAUGGAUUGCUUACAAGAAAGGAAAGUUGGAUAUCGACUCGGGAAGAUUUAUUUCUGGUACUCAGAGAGGCCAAAGACAGCUGAAGAAGAGUCGAGAGAUCGAAUUCUCAAGUGGCAAGUUUGUCGCUCCCCCAACUGUUCUUUCGGGUCUUUCGAUGAUUGACCAUACGACCUUGAAGCCACUCAAGAUGGCAUCAGUGGCAAGUGAUGUGACCGCCAAAGGCUUUACAUGGUCACUGGACACGGAGACCGAAUGGACAUGCAGUGCUGAGUACAUUGCAAUCGGCCAGACGCCUCUACCAUCGAGCGAAGGUACGACGACUGCUGCAAUGGUUGAGAUCAAAGACGAUCAGGAGAUACGUGCCCAGCGAGAUGACUGGAUUGUCCAACGKGCAAGAUCGCUUGAGCAACUGAGAGCAUCGCUCUCGGAAUGGGAAGACAAUCUCAAAAAGCGUGAAGCCGCGAUUGAAGCAGCGAACGUACAGAAGUCGGCUGCAGUGGAGGGAAGAGAGGUUGCCGCGAAAGAGAGGGAGGCCGCUAUUGAGCAGCGGGAAGAGGCUGUCAAGCUAAGAGAAGCUGUACCCGAGUCACGAGGAAACGCUGCUGCUGACGACCAAGACGGCACGAUUCGCCAAUUAAAGCAAGAAGUCGAGCAGUUGAAGCUACAGCUAGCAGAUGCUACAUCGAAGAGAGCUCCUAUGCGGCCCAGUCGUGUAAAUGUGCACGAUGAUGGAGAGGAGGACACGGUGGAAUCUGGGCUUCCUCGUCCGCCAAUCCAAGCUCCUGCCAGGGAGUUGCCCGCCGGUAAUCUCAACUGGGGGUUUGAUCCUGACUUGCUUGCACGCUUUAAUCAAGGUAUGACGGGGAGGAACCUCAUGAGACCUAGUCGGAGAGAGCGGGAAGAGGGUGCCGCAUGGUGA